AUGCUCAACCUCUCCGUCCCCACCGCCCUCGUCCUAAUCGACAACCAAGCGGCCUUCUCCCACCCAACCUACUGGGGCACCUCGCGCUCCAACCCCAACUACGAAACCAACCUGCAGUCUCUCCUCAAUGCCUUCCGCACAGCCCGACAAACCAACCCCGCCCUCCCCCUCGAAAUCAUCCACGUCUUCCACUCCUCCACCUCCGCAACCAGCCCACUCCACCCCGCCGACCCCAGCAAAGGCGCGCACCCGCUGGACUUUGCGCAGCCCGCCUCGGACAAUUCAGAGCCGGUAUUCUGGAAGAACGUCAACUCGUGUUUUAUCGGGACGGAGUUGGAGGGGUAUCUCCGGGAAAACGGGAUCAGGCAGGUGUUGUUUGCGGGGCUGACGACGGAUCACUGUGUGUCGACGACGGUGCGGAUGGCGGCGAAUUUGGGGGUUGUGGAUGUUUAUCCUGACGGGCGGCCGGAGGUACUUCCUGACGGCAGGCAGAGUGAGAAGGCUGUGGAAAAGGGGGUUGUGGUGCUUGUUAGCGAUGCGACGGCGACGUGGGCCAAGGGCGGGUUUGAUGCGGAGACGGUGCAUGCGGUUUCGGUGGAGAGUCUGAGGGGGGAGUUUGCGGAGGUGAUGCGUACGGGGGAGGUAGUGGAGUGGUUGGCUGGAAAUUCCCAGAUAGGGAUCUACAUCCCGCCCCAAUACCCCGACAACUUUGAACUUCCCUCCGUCAUCAAGGAGAAGGACAGCAAGGCCCAUGAGAGAUGGGAGGAGAUUGACUCGACAGUAAGCGAGGCAUCGGUCAAGGCAGAUCGGGGCGAUGUCCAAUUCGAGGUGAAGCAGCAGGAGGCGAAGAGUACAAAGAAAGCAGUUCGGCCGGACUUUGAGGCUGAACCGACUGUUCACGAUAUGUGA